AUGGAUAAGAUACAAGGUGUCGUCGAAUCUCAUGAAUUCGUCACAGCUAUCCUUCCCCUCUAUCGAGAUACUCAAGUCGAGAUUCGAGUCGUGCCUAGCAACAAGGAAUACACCAUUUCCAAAGCCAUCAUCUGCGCAGAAUCACCCGUGUUCUCAGCAAUGUUCGAAGGCAAUUUCCAAGAGUCUCAAACCCGGACGGUAGAUAUAGAGGAGAUGAAGGAUGUUGUCUCGGUUCGAAGUGUAGAAGCACUUAUCAUGUGGCUUUACUUACGUACCGUGAGAUUUGACAUCACAGAUAACACAGAGUGUGUCUCGGCCGCUUUGGAGCUUGCGAGACUCGCAGACAUGUACAAAAUCAUCAAGCUGGGGGAAAAUGUGGCUCAAUACAUCGAAGACAAAGUCCAUGGGCCGUACGUUUCUCAAUUGCUUUUUGAAAAGCCCAGUGUCACCCGGACCAAAGACGGCGUCAGGUGGGUCGAUUACCCCGCCCUGUGGCUUAAUUUCCGCACCCCCUGGAUUAGUUCCGAGCAUAUCAUCUCAGCAACUGCCUUGCCUUAUGGCCACCCCGUAAGGAAGAUCCUGGCUUUUGCCUCAAUCCGAGACUAUCUCGUUGACAACACGGACAAGUUUUCGAAAUUGAUUGAAGCCCAUCCUUCCUUUGGAGCUGACAUCCUCCAACAGGUGAGACCGGCAUUGAGACAACUGGAUAAGAAUAUAAAACCCUCUAAUCGAACCCUUUGA